AUGGGUGUCGAAGCAGCAACUGGGAUGGCCAUAGCUGAAGUUGGUUUUAGCACGGUAGAAGAAUCUGAAAAAGUAAACAAAACUGUUUUUAUACCUGUGGAGCCAGUAAAUACAGAGGAUAUAAUAAUUGUACCACCUGAAGUUCCUGCUACUGACGAUGAGGACUGGAAUACUCCUGGCUGCAGCAAGGAUCCACUAAUAACAACUUGUAAAAUGGACGAUCGACGUCAAGCACAAAUUUAUUCGUGGCAGGAAGAGAAUUCUGGUGAUGAAGCAUUGAAUGCGGAUCUUGAGAAUGGAGAGCAAUUUCGUGUUGACACGUUAGAAAGCGACAGUUCCAUCAUUCGCAGUCGUCAUGUCGCCGUCCCCGGAGAAUAA